AUGCAGAAGACUCAAGUGUAUCAACAACGAGCUGGCUCACAGCCCCAGUCUCAGGCCCAAUUGGCUCAAGGUGGAACCCAAGGUUCGGCUGCAUCUCAGGCUCAGGCAGCAGCUAGCCAAAAUCAGGCGAGGGCUUCACUUUCCCAAUUACAACAAUUACAACUCCGUAAGGCCAAGGCAAAUAUCCAAAACUACCAGUUUACUACAACAACUCAAGGUUUACUAAAGAAAUACGCACAAUACCCAGCUUCAUUGACUUUCCACAUCUUUGAGAACCACUAUCGAUUUAACAACUUGCAAGAUUCGAACAUAAUUCCAAAACUGCUGCCAAUGAUAAAGAGUUUUUUGAAGCAUGUUAUUAGGGAGGAGAUUCCAUAUGAAAUGAGCGAGUUAUUGAAGGAUUGUAGCAUUAGAUCGUACGACGGAUGUUUGAUCUUACAAGUAUAUGAUCAUAGAGUACCGAUCUCGAGUGGCACUGUUGCUGCUGCAGCGUCAACUGCGACCUCAGCAGCCACAGGUGCUAGUACAUCAGCAGCAGCAACAGAUGGCCCAUCAACUGCCAAUGGCUCUACGAGUGCUGGUGGCUCAGCAAGCUCACCUACCUCUUCUGCUGUAGUACCCACCGGAGGCAGCAAAAAUGGUGACACUAACAAUGGCUCUGCCAGCAAAAGCAACGGCACUGGCUCCUCUAACGGUACCAAAACUUAUCGUACAGUACUAAAACCAACACAAUUAUCCUUGUACUACGAUUUACUUUACCAUACAGAUUCAGCAUUAACAAGGUUCACCGAUCCACUCUCACUUCAAAUGGAGUCCGAAAUCUUGACUCUUACAAACAGAAAGCUUGAUCUAUCUGUUCCGUUAAAUCCUUACAACUGCGAUGAUUAUUUGAAGCCAGAUGUAUCGUCGCCUAAAAAGGUAUAUGAUGCAAAGACGGAUGAUUAUAAAUUGAUCCAUUCCCAUCGUACUGAAGCCCAAAAACCUUCCAGGAAAUUACAUCAAGAUGAAAUCGUAUUACACAAGUCAAGUGAAUACGAAGAGAUAAUAUUCUUAUUGUCUAACAAGUACAAGAAGACUGAAGAUGCUGAUAGGAAAUUGAUAGCAGUUGAGCCUUCUAUAAGCUCGGUAGCUGCAGCUGCAGCUGCGGCUGCAGCCUCAUCCACUUCAAAUACAACCAAUGGGACUCCAGUGCCGACAAGUAAGGACUCAAAGUCAACUCCUAGUAAAGAAGAUAAAAAGAAGGAGAAUAAUAAUUCGGAUGCACCAACUGCAGUUGUCAAUAAAAUGAACUCUAAUCCUGCAACUGGCCAAUUUAUGAGACUCCGGUUUAUCGAAGAGAUUAGAAAGCGUAGAGAGACUCAAAAAGUGGGCCAAGAUGCAUCAGUUCAAACAAAUGGUGUGACUUCGAAUAAUGACAAUCUCAUGGUUUCCAAUACACCAAUAAAAACCCCUGCGACAAUUAACAGCAACAUCAAUAUUAAUAAUCUUAAUAGUAAUAACGCUACAAACAACAAAACCAAUGUUAUCAAUAAUAAUAGUAUUAACAAUAACAAUAAUAAUACCAAUAUAAAUAAUAGUGUUAUGCAGAGGAACGGAUCUCCAAACGUUCAAUUUUCUGGUUCACCAGUGAUGAAUAAUGGAAUGAUGAGGCCUAACACGGGAACAGGAAUCCCAGGGGCUGCUGGUACAGCUGCGCCAUCUGGGCCAGUUAGCGCUUCCAAUUCUCCUGUAAUGCAAGGAGGAGCUCCCACUAUGAAUGGAAAUUUGCAGAAGCAGCAGCAGCAAAAGCUUUUAGCCGAGAAGGCUAGGUUAAUGAGAGCUCAACAGCUUCAAGCUCAGCAGCAAUACCAGAGACAGCAACAACAAACGCAGCAGCCUCAACAUAACCUGCUUCCUCAACAAAGUCCACAACAGCAGCAAGCGCUUCUUCAACAACAUCAACAAGCAAACAGGCUUCCUCAACAACAGCAACAACCACUUCAGCAACAACAGCAACAGCAACAGCAACAAUCACUUCAGCAGCAGCUUCAACCCCCACAGACUCAGCAACAAUUAGCUCUUCGUCAGCAACAGUUACAACAACAGAUGAGACAACAGCAAAAUAUAAAAAGGCAAAAGAUUGAUGGAAACGGACCUGCCGUUUCCACGCCAGGCUCUAAUAUGAACACACCGGUGAUGCGCAAUGCCAAUAUGGCUGGUAUGCCUUCACAACCACUCCAACAAACUACGCCACAACCUCAGCUGCAAUCACAACAGCCACCUCAAGGGCAAGCAAGACCUACUGGUCAACAGACGCCUGCCCAAUUACAACAACAACAGAUCUUCCAGUCUUCGUUAACCCCACAAGAGCAGCAGCAAUUUAGGCAGUUACAAUCGCGUAUGAAUACAUUUGCAAUGAUGGGUAACUCUGGUGUCGCACCAAAUAGAACACAGUUGACACCAACUCAACAACAGCAGGCAAUACAACAAGCCAAAUUGAUUCAGCAGCAAUUGCUUCAAAAAUUCCCAGUUUACUUCCAGAGAUUGAGACAAUUUCAAGUAAAUCAACAACAGAGGCAAAGGGCCGCAUCUCAACAAGGGGGACAGAACCAACCACUGGUAGCGGCUAAUGGCCCAGUAAAUACUGGAGCAUCUGGAAACCAAAUGGGCGGUGCAUCUCAAACCUUACAGCAGAGAAUGCAACAAUUAACGCCUCAACAACAACAACAACUCCAACGUCAACAAAUGCAACAACAUCUUCAGCGUCAGCAACAGCAGCAGCAACAACAACAACAACAGCAACAGCAGAAUCUUUUAGCAACAGGUAAUGGUCAACUUGCAGGACAGUACAAUCAAUACAACCAACUGGGCAAUAAUAACAGUAGUAAUGCUGGUUCUGGUGGGUUGUCACAGCAACAAAUGAUGAACCAGCAGAUGAACCAACAGAUGUUGCAACAGAUGGCCAAUAUGAACCAAGCUAAGAAGAGAGCAUAUCAGAAGAAGAAUCCUUAA